AUGUUGUCAGCACGGACCCGUAUCACCAAGCCACCUGCAGACCAGAGUGUCAUCAAGGGGACCAAGGCUGUCAUGUCUUGUGGGGUGACCCAUGACCCCAGUGUGUCUGUCAGGUAUGUUUGGGAGAAGAGUGGUUCAGUGGUGGAUGUGAGCACCUCUCCCCGGCUCCGCCUGGACACUGACGGGACCCUGCACCUCACCCAGACCUGGUCAGGUGACAUCGGAACAUACACCUGUAGAGUCACCUCUGUAGGGGGCAACGACUCACGCAGCGCUCACCUCAGAGUCAGGCAGCUUCCCCAUGCUCCAGAGAUCCCCAGUGCAGCUCUGAGCCAGGUAGAGAAGAGGGCCAUCAAUCUGACCUGGGCUCAGGCCUUCGAUGGGAACAGCCCCCUGAUCCGAUACAUCCUGGAGGUCUCAGAGAACAAUGCCCCGUGGACAGUGCUCCUGGCCAAUAUUGAACCGAAGUCGACCGGGGUGACCGUGGGUGGUUUGAUCCCAGCACGGUCCUACCAGUUCAGGCUGUGUGCGGUCAAUGACGUGGGCAGGGGACAGUUCAGCAAGGAGACUGACCG